AUGGCUGCGAAAAAUGAAACAGCGCAAGAAUCCGUCGAUGGGCCAUAUUACCUCGAAAAGGUGUUGAUACCAGAUGACUCAGACGACGAUUAUCAAUAUGAGGAAGUUCUGGCCGAUGAAGAAAGGAGCAUGGCAGAGGGGGAUGAUGAGGAUUUGGAGGCCGCGGUAAGAGCAUUGCGCGAUGCUUCAGAUGGAACGGGGUCAGUGUUACAGAGGCUCAGCUCAGCUAAGCAACCCGUCUCCCACAUUCCAGAAGUGGUGGACGACUUUCUCCGCAACUUCCUUGUCAAAAUGGGCAUGAGCAGAACUUUGGAUUGUUUCCAAGCAGAGUGGUACGAAAUGGAGCAGAGGGGGUUGUUGAAAACCGAGCUAGUGGAGUUUGUGCCUGACGCGUAUACACACAACCAACUUCUAGACAACGAGCUGAAGAAUGUACAGAGAGAGCGGGACAGCUACAGGCAGGCAGCUUCCAAAGCUAGCGAAACACUGGUCAAGCUUCAGAAAGAGAGGGAUUUCCAUCGUCUGCAGCAUAAGCGUGUUGUCCAAGAAAAGAACAGGCUUGUUGAAGACAUCAAACGACUGAAGAAGCACUAUGGGUCAUAUGAGCCUGCACUGAAGCAGUUGAGUGAUAAGUACCAAGUGGCGCUGAAACAGAAGAUGCUCAUCAGUUUAGAGAGGGACAGAGCAUGUGGCCAGGCCAACAGCCUGGAAGCCACCCUGUGUAAUGUACAUUCCUCAUCUACAAUCCGCUCAGCCAACAGAGACACAGGUCUGCCCCCACAACAGGAGAAAUAUCAGAGUAAGUCUGGGAAAGGAGUCCAGCUACAGAAUGAUGGAAUUGCCCUCUAUGACCAAGACAAAGACCCAACUAAAAACACAGCUCAGAAACACCCGAAAGACUCAGAGUUUCCUGUCAGCAGCCGUGUGAACCCCUACUUAGGCCAAAUUAAAGCCCUGGCCUCACACUGCUCCAAAGCAUCUGGAUUCCGCUUCACCAACUCACUGAAGGCCCAUACCCUGCCAAUAAGCUGUCUCGCCCUGCACCCCCGCAAGUUUAUUGUAGCCUCCUCCAGUGACGAUCAGCUCUGGAGGUUGUGGGGUAUGCCCAUGGGGGACAUGAUCAUGACUGGAGAGGGUCAUAGUGAUUGGCUCUCUGGCUGCAGUUUUCACCCAAAUGGUGGUAGCCUGGCCACCACCAGUGGAGACACAACAGUAAAGAUCUGGGAUUUCUCCCAAGGCCGCUGCAUCCUGACUCUGGAUGGUCACACCCAUGCCACUUGGGGCUGCUCCUUCCACUCAUGUGGGGACUUUGUGGCCUCCUGCUCAAUGGACAACACUACAAAGGUGUGGGACCUGCAGAGCGAGCGCUGUCGUAGCACGCUGCGUGGCCACGUUGACUCGGUCAACAGUGUUACUUUCCUGCCCUUUUCCAACACUCUUCUUACGUGUUCAGCUGAUAAAACCCUGUCUUUGUGGGACGCCAGGAUUGGCCUGUGUGCACAGACCUUCUAUGGCCACCAGCACUCCUGCAACCAUGCCACCUUUAAUGCACUGGGCAACACUGUUGCCUCCUGUGAUUCAUACGGAGUGGUCAAACUAUGGGAUGUGAGGAAAGUAGCAGCCAUGAUAACCAUGGACACUGGGCCACAUCCCAGCAACCAAAUGGCCUUUAGCCCGUCAGGCCGAACACUGGCUAUCGCCAGUAAUGAUGGCUCAGUUAAGCUGGUGGAGCUGGCAUCUACUCAGGUGUCCAGUUUAUUGGGCCAUGAUGAUGCUGUCCAGAGUGUAGUCUUUGAUCACAAGGGGGAGUACUUAUUAUCAGCUGGGUCAGAUGGUGCCAUUCUCAUCUGGUCAUGA